CGUCGAACAGCCACCUGCGUGUAGCAAACUGUCAAUAUAAGCCUUGAGAGGCGUGCGGAUCGUUUACCUUGGAUAUGAACGCGAUUUUGUUGUCUUGUGGAUUUUCGGAAGGAACCUGACAAAUCUUUACAGGUAGAGCUGUCGUGCCAUGCCGACUCCUCCCAAGGGAGACUGGUAGAGGGAAGCAAUCACAAGGGGUGAAGAGAAGAAGCGCUGCUUCUUGCUGCUACUCACACCAAAAUUGCCAAUACAGGCAAGUUGGAUGGUGAUGGAGAAACGGUUCACCCAGAGAAGCUUGCAGCAAAUCAGUAUGGAGCAUUACAUAACUUAUACCUAACAGUUUGGAGAUCACAAUAUGGCCUCUGAGGAGACGUUCCUUCAACAAGUUAAUAUUGAGUUGGUCGAAGGCUGGGAAGCUAAGCUGAGCUCUGGAGGACGGAUCUAUUAUGUGGACCACAAGAAUCAGACAUCAUCAUGGCUGCCACCGCGGGACAACUGGGAUGCGAGUACGGGGCUGCCGUACGGCUGGGAAACCGGCGUGGACAGGAACGACAAGCCAUAUUACAUCAAUCACAUCGAGAAAUACACGACUCGGGAGGAUCCCCGCAAUGACCCAGACUACAUCGAACCGCCGAAACCCCGCGAUGUUGAGCUCCUUCGAGAUCCAGAAAAAGGUUUUGGUUUCGUAGCCGGCAGCGAGAAGCCUGUCGUGGUCCGAUUUGUCACUGAUGGUGGACCGAGCGUCGACAAACUUCUCUCCGGAGAUCAGAUUCUCAGGAUUAAUGGAGAAGAUGUGCGCAAGGCUCCUCGAGAAAAAGUCAUAGAACUUGUCCGAGCCUGUAAACAAGCCAUCACUCUUACUGUGUGUCAACCUUACUCGGAUAAUUCGUCACGGAAGUCAGCUCUACUCACUGCGGCAAAGAAGGCCAAGUUAAAAAGUAACCCCUCUCGAGUUCGCUUUGCAGAUUCCGUCAUGGUAAACGGAGCCCCUGUUCUUACACCGUCCGCCCAGGAAAGCUAUGUGCCUUUCAUGCCUAAUGUUCUGAAAGUCUUUCUGGAGAAUGGGCAAACCAAGUCUUUCAAGUACGACAACAAAACCACAGUAAAGGAUGUGAUGCAGUCACUGCAGGAGAAGCUGAACAUCCAGUGCAUCCACCACUUCAACGUGGUGCUGCAGAACAUGAAGAACAACACUGCCGGCAAGAUGACACUGCUGCAGGAGCACGAGACACUCGCAGAGAUCGCAGCUCGCCCCGGCGCCCGACACUUCCGCUGUUUGUUCCGCGUGGCCUAUGUCCCCAGAGAUGCAUACGACUUAGUGAGGGAAGAUGCAAUAGCUUUUGAGUAUUUUUAUUUACAGUGCUGUAAUGAUGUGAUACAUGAGAGGUUUGUCCCGGAACUGAAAUAUGACACGGCAUUGAGGUUGGCAGCGCUGCACAUACAGCAACACGCCACCAGCAACAACAUGACUGGCAAGAUCUCCAUCAAGGCUAUUGAGAAGGAGUGCGGUCUGGACAAGUUUGUGCCGCACAGUCUGAUUGAGAACAUGAAGGGCAAGGACCUCCGCAAGAUGCUCAAUCAGUACCUGAAGAUGAACCAGUCGCUCACCGCACCCGGGCAGAAGCAGCUGACACCGCUCCAGGCCAAACUACACUACAUGAAGAUUGUCAGCGAACUGAAGACGUUCGGCAGUCGGGUGUUCAUGGUCACAUUACUGGAUCAGAAGACCGAGGCCAUGGUUCUAGUCGGUCCCAAGUCGGGCAUCAGCGUGGUGACCAACAUCAAGUCCUACACGUUGUCCCUGUUGGCGGAGUUUGACCAGAUGGCGCGGGUGAGGGUGACGAAAGAGGGGGAGAACAUGCACAGGGUGGACAUCGAACUCACCGACGAGAAGGCAGAGCCAAUCAGCCUUGGCCUGUUGACAGAAGAUGCCCAGAACUUUGUGUGCAUGGCAUCCGGUUACUACAAGAUAUUCGUUGACAGAGAUAAGCGCAUCGUAGAGACAACACAAGGAAAGAACACAUCUGACCCAGAUGUUCCAGCGUACAGCAGCAAGCAUAGGGUGAAGGGGGCACGGUGGACCUACCCUGAGGACCUGGUGUCGGAGGUGGUGGAUGCCGGGCAGGUGUUGGAGGAGAAUGGCCAGGUGUCGGAGGAUGAGAAGCUGAUUGACUUGGGCCAGUCGCCGCCGCCGUACACGGAGAACAAGGAAUACCUGGCUCAGAUCAAACAGGAGCUCGGCAUGAAGUCCGAGGAUCCAAAAGAAAUGGUUGAGACAGUCCAACUUAACACAUUCCACAAUGACGACAGUGAUGUUACCUCCCUUGAAACUCCUUCCCACAAUACCAGUAUUUACGAGGAAGCGGUCACCUCCUUCGGUGCCACGGGUUUGUCCGUCGGUGACGACAGCACAGAAGAGAGCAGUCUCAACAGCUCGGCCAGCUCACAGCAAAACAGGCUCACCUUCCAGACAUUCCUCAGUACUGCUAGUCAGAAUGGCACUGCCAAGAACGUUCGGAAAACGGGACCUUUGACCAAUGGUCAUUCAGCAUUCGAGCCAUCGAGGUUGGAGGAGAUUCCAUCAGACACAGACAGUGGUUCAGGAGCAGAUUUAGAAAAGAGGCCAUUGUUGUCGUCGCAGAGUAGUUUGAUGAUGAACGGUGACGCUCGGACAAGUUUUGAUGUUGAGAGUGAUGAUACAGACUCGUGGGGGACGCCUCAUGAUAGCCCAGCUAAAGGAAGAAUGAGCCAAGGAGGCAGUGAGCACAGUUUUGGGCUGCUGAGCCCCGACCUCCUUCCUUCAUCAGACCAGGAGCAGCAGCAACUCCUUGAGAGCUUCGGCCUCCACAGUCCCGACGACAUCCCCCAGGAGCUGAUCGACGUCCUCAACGACCCCACCACCAUGAAGGGCCAGAGGGUCUACUUCGACCCUGAUAUCAUAGGGAAGGGAAAGAAUGUCUACAUUGAUUCUGAGAUCACAGAUCUGACGUUGUUUCCACCACCAGUGACGCCUGAGGAUGACAACAUAAUAGACUUUACCAUGCUAGCUCUACCUCCGCCUACAUUUACACCCAAACCCGGGCUUACGCAACCCUCUACCUCACUCCCCCUCACCAGCACCGCAACAGCAGGCUCUACAGCGGGACAACCAGCGCCGCUUGUACCCACCACCAUACACAGAGUGGCACGACCUGCACCCCCUCCACCAGUCCGCGGGUCGCCGCAGCAGAAGUUGGCCAAAUCAGCAAGUGUCGGACACUGUCCGGACUUCUUUGACAAUGACAUUGAUGAGCUCAUAGCUCGAUUCACUGUUCCUCCUCCACCAUCAGAAAUAGAUAGUGAGUCAUCAGAUCCUCUUGCACAGACCUGGCAUGGCGCCCGGCCAAAGAACCCGCUGGAACAGGCAACACUCGAUAUGAAGAUGGUUGAAGACGAGUUUGCUUCGCUGAUCAUACCUCCUCCACCGGAGAGUUCUACUGCCAGCACAGACGACAUUCCUGUUGUUCCGCCAGUCAGUGAUGCAAAGGCAGAAACCAAACGGAAAAAAUUCCGACACAAACGUUCAUCAUCUGUAGAUGUUAGCUCCCUUCAACUAGCUAAAGAUUUUCUUGCAACAAAUAAAAGCAAAUCUGUAGAUUCUUCCCAACCAGGUGACAAAACUGCGGAUAAAUCAGUGCAUAGACAACUUGAACCACCUUCAUCGUUAGGUCAGAUUGGCAAAGUUUCAGGGAAAAGGACUGGGAUUGCUGCCGAAUCACCAGCAACUGUGUCAGAAAAGUUGAACAGUUUGUUGGCAUCACUUCCCCGUGUUGAAGGGGCUUCAUGGACUGGAUCGUUACGACUCCACAGGAGCUCCUCACUGGAUAUUUUGGCGUCUGCUGAGUCGGCCAUGUUGAAACCAGGUCAGCAGAAGGCUGCAUCACUCCGAGUGCUGGUUCCUAAGAGGGCCAGUAGUGUUGAUAGAACUCCGUUGUCGCAGCUGUUUAAACCACCUGAAGAGAGACAGCAGCCUGUGAUCCCCAUGGCUCAGUCUUUUGACAGUGUAAAGAAGCCUUCCAAAAAGGACAGUGAGGGGUCUGAACAUUUUGCAUCAUUGAAAGCCAAAUUAAAAGCUUGUAAAGAUGACCUUGUACAAAAGUCUAACCGGAGCAGUUUUAGACUGAAGAAGAAUAAGUCUGAAAGUAGUGAAAAUGUUAGCAAAGAGAAGGGAGAGGAGGGGAAGAGUUCACUUCGAAGAUCAGGAUCCUUUUCUGACCUUGUUGCACGAUUUAGUAAACGUGGUUCCAAGGAAAAUAUUAAGAAAUCCACGAGUCAAGAUGGUAGUGGGGACACAGAUUCAAACUCGGAUGGUUGUCUCACACCGGUUAGCGAUUCAAAGAAGUCUAUGAAGAUGAUUGAGACUCUGGCAUUACCAAGGUCAACAAUCCUAAGACCUCCAAUAACAACAAACAGUUCUGAAAAGAGUAAAUCCAAGAAGGGUGGUCCUUUGAAGGCCCUCUCGUCAAUCUUUGGUUCUGAAGAAAAGACUGAAAAGGGAGGCACUUUGUUAAGGGGAGGUCACUCUGCCAAGUCCAAAACUGACCAAUCAAAAAGCAAGAAAUUUCAGAGCAAGGAUGACAGUAACAUGUUAAGUAGAAAAAGUAGAGAGAAAAUCAAAGCCAAUCCCUACGCUACUGUGAAAAUGUGGCGCCCUCUAUCUAUGACAACAAGUUCAAUUAAAGAUGAUGACGUGUACCAGAGUUUUGAUGACUUCCGUGAAAUGGCAUCACAGUUGAAGCAGCUUGAUAAGACUGAUUCUCUCGCUAAAGAGCCUGUGAAGUUAAAAAAGACAAUAUCAUUUGAAGAUGAAACCAAACCGGACUAUUCCGAUACCACAUCGAGGGAUACCGAAUUUUCAAAAUUGAACGGGAGUGUUAAAUCGGACAUUAGUGUUCCAAAGAAAGACCCACCCCCAAUUUUGAGGAGAUCUUCAGUUUCUGAGGAGAGUUAUUCACUUGUGAGUGGUACUGUGACAGACUCAGUGAAAUAUGUUGUGUCACAUUCAUACGGAGUGGAAGAUUUUGACAAGGCAACUAACGAUGUUGAAAGACUUUUAACAGACUUAAAAUCCACAAUGGAAUCCUUGAAAGCUUCACGGAUAGACCGUAGUCCGAAACAAUUUGAAAUGUGUCGUGAAGAACUUAUUAGCCAAACGAGACAUUUCGUCAAUGAUGCAAAACUUUUAGUCAGUAGUGCUACCCACACAAAGGAGAAACUGGCUGUGAAUUUAGACAAGGGCAUUCACACUCUCGCCAAACUCUUCCUCCACAGUCAAGCAGUUAUGUUGAUGAUGCAGUCCGUUCAUCAAGCGCAGCACCUCGGCUUCGAAGUCAUUAAAGUAUCCAAUUCAUUCAAAAGUACCUUGAAUGCAGCAAACGCAGCGUGCGGGAAGCCCCUUACAGACCCCCAUAUGAAAUAUCUGAUGCGACAGGCCACAAACCUUGCCUCACUCCUUAGCACCCUCUUGAAAACACUCAAAGAGUUAAAAAAUGAGUCCUUCUCCCUGCGUUUAUGAGUGGCAUUCUAAUUUAAGCUCUGCUUACCGCUGCUUAUUGUGUUGUAGGUGACUAUAAAUGUUAUCGACCAGUACAAACUAACACUACAGAACUAGGCAGUAGAACAUUAUACCGCAUGUCUAACAAAUGGUGCAUGUUCCCGACAAAGACUGUCAAGUAUUUCUACAAAUUAACCAUGAUGAAAGGCCAGAAUACAUUAAAUAUGAGAUUUUGUCCAAAAGUCCUCUCUUGAAAUUACAGGUUUGAUAUUUUUAAAGGACUCAUCACCAUAGACAAAGCCCAGCUUCACAAAUCUAUUGUAGCGCUAUGAUUGUUACCCCAUAUACUUGAACAUAGACCUACAGUCAUAUUGUGCUAAGAUUGCUUUGUGAAAUGGGUUCUCGGAUCUUUCUGCAGUCGACGAAGAUGCUUGUUACUUGUCAAUUCACAAAAUAUACUCCUAAGAACAAGUUAAAUACUACCUGGUUCUUUCAUAUUACUAUAGUUAAUCUGUCAGAAUCAGAUUCUGGGAGAAUCAGGUGGUCCUGAACUUUUCUUAGUAGAAUUAAUAAGUAUGAAGUCCCAUCUCAUUUUUUAUGUACUUUUGGAAAUCUCAUAUUGAAUCUGUUGUGGUUUAUCAAUGGGGCAAAGAAUUAGUCAAGAUGAGUUAUCCUGUCAUGUCUUCCUGAUCAAUUCAUCCUCAUCAUGUCUUGGACAGAAAUGAGUUUUUAGCAUGUCUUACUAGACCAGCAAGUAUAUAAUUAUAUCAUUAUCAAAGUAUUUCAACUGAAACAGGUUUUCUGUUAUCAAAGCAAUUACAUUUGUUUAUAUUUUUUAGAAAAAAAAUAUUACUUAAUGGGUUCUGUUUAUAAUUGUCUCAUAGCUCUUGUUGCCUGUGCCUCUUCUUUUGACAUCGUUGUGGUCGUCUGGAAGCAAAAGAGAAUCAACAUCAGUCUUCAGUAAAUAAGAAUUCAACUUUUAUUUUGAAAGAAAGGAUUGUUGUCAUCAGAUUUUGUUUCAUACAAAUCAUUGUCUUAUCUUUAGUUUGGUACUAACUGAAAUUCCAGUGGAUGGUGGAUAUGCAUGGUCCAAGGGGAAUAACUCUAGUUGCAAGGUCCUGUCGCCCUCAGAACUAUCUUCACAAAUUAAAGGUUCAUUGUUCAAAUAUGUCAUAACAAAUUCAUUUCUUUUCAGAUGUAUUUAUUUAUAGUCUUCAUAUAUGUAUAAUAUACACAUAUUUUUAGAACAGAAGGCCAGUUGUCACAUAAUUUUCAGUUAUUUUUUAGAUUUCUACAAUAUUCCGUAUUAAGAUCAAUUUUCAAUACCUGCAAGCUGUGUGGAGUAUUAUGAACAAGGAAUUAACACAAGGGUGUGGAGAAUCUGUUAUUCUAACUUACACUAUAUAAUGCUUCUGCACUUUAAUAUUAACAUGCAAUGUAUGAUUAACUGCUUGAAUCAAAAGUUACAAUAAAUGAACAAAGUUUGAUUUUAAAGGUUUCACAAGUCCUUAAAUCAAACCAUUUGAAAUGUGUAAUUAAUUUUUAUGUUACAUAAAUAUCCAUUUGUUAUGAAUUAUUUUACAAGGUAAUAUUUGACACACAUGAUUCUUCAUGUGUAUAUCUGUUAAAACAAGCAUUAUUUUACAGAUAUUCGCUGUUCAUAUUCUAUGGAUUGAUGAGAAAUAAGCUGGGAGUAUUACAAGCUUGUUACUUUAUACUCAGCAUUCCGUGCAGGGAUGUACCGGACCAUCUUCCACAAACUGAGACGAAUAACAACAAUGUUGCACAUUUGUUUUUGCAGAUACUCAUCUUUGCCAUUUGUUUCUUUGUUUGUUUGUUGUGUAACACCGCACUCAGCAAUAUUCCAGUUAUGUGACGGCGGUCUGUAAAUAAUCAAGCCUGGACCAGACAAUCCAGUGAUUGACAUCAUGAGCAUCGAUCCACAUGCAUCAACCAAGUCAGUGAGUCUGACCACCCGUUACGACAAGCAUGGGUUAAAUUUCCUCCAACAAACUGAUUAUUUGUCUCUUAUUGUUUUGUUCAGAUGGGAGGAAGCUGCAAUUUAAAUAAAAUUCUUAUUCCUUUUAUAACACUUAAAGGGGUACAAUACUUCAUGAUGUGGAGCCCUGUUUCGGUGUAGGUCUCGUCAGUGUGCUAAAUGCCUAUUGUCAAACUGAGACAUUAUGUGUGUUUAAUUAGCCCAUCAUCAACUGAUGGACGGGUGCACAGGUGGUCCAGUCAUCUAAACCGCUUCAAUUCGCUGUGCAUGAAGAAAAGGGUUGAUAUCAUUUGUUCACAUGCCAGUAGCUUUAAAUUGUGUUGCCUAGACAAACAUUGUUGGGUUUUUCUCAGUUUAUGAUCAGAGGUUGGUACGUUCCCAUAUAUAUACUGGUACUAUACUGCUCAGCUGUUGAUAGGGACAGUCCUGUGAUUUCAUGAUAUCCAAAAACUGAUUACUUGUGACGUGGGUGGGAGGGGGGCAUGGUGGCACAGUCAUGAGGUGCUGAAGUUCGCUGUUCGCCCUUAAGCAUCCCAGAAACCAAUGAUAGUGAGUUCAAAUCCCACUUUCUCCCUGAUUAUGUUUCUAGGUUUGUCAGCGCCAUACCCAUGCUUGUGGGUUUCACCAAAGUGUAAAUGGGUGAGACCUACAUCACCUUAGUUUUCCUCCCACAUUAAGCUGACACAGCGUGAUGUAACUAUACUACUGUUGACAGUGUUGUCUAACCCGGCUCACUGUAUGGACGGUAUAUAUCCCUAUCUACAGUUGAGUGGUAUACACAUGACCCACAUCUAACCUGCAUAAUGGCUCCGCUGUUCUGUGAUACCUGUACUGUAUAAUCAAACUACUCAUCCAAUACCUCCCAUCAAGCAUAAAGUAUGCCAUGCCAUAUUUGUACAGGGGCACGGGUGGCCCAGUCGUCCAAGGCGCCGCGAUUCGCUGUGAAGGGUUGCGUCCCUUGGGCACGCCAGAAACCUAUGAUCGUGGGUUCGAAUCCCGGUUCGCCCAGAUUAUUAUUCUAGG